AUGUUAGAGCCUUUGCUACAGCAUUUAUCCGAGUUGUCCAGUGCUGAUUACUACCAGGAGCUGAGUGCGUGGAAGGAGACUGUGGAUAUUGGGCUGCGUGUUGGCGAAAAGGGUACCUUUGUGAGUAGCAACGACGAAGGAGGCGAGGACGAGGACACGAAAGCUGGCAAUUUCUCGCUUUUAGAUCCUGUAGAAGCAAUGGGAACGGCGUGUCUUAUGGAAACGCUGGAAACCAGUGCAGACUCUGCAGACAUCACGGAUGACAGUAGUGAUGGCGAGACGGUUCCUCCAACUCAGCCAUCUGAGAUCACAAAGGAAACUCCGAAAGACAGCUCUGAUGAAAAUCUCCAGGAUGAAGGAGAUGGGGAAGAUAUGUCUAUUGACGUAAAUGCAUCUCAUGCGUCUGUGGCACCUCCCGCCCGUCAAGUGGAUAUUAUUAGCGUUCCGAAGCCGAAGGGUCAAGGACGACCACGGACAACAACCAAGCAGCUACGACAGACGAAGAUUGCUACGCGUCUUGCAGUGCACAAAUAUCCAAGUAAUCUUACCGUGCAGCUUGACGAGUUCGUCAUCUGGGCGCGAAACACCUCGAAUUUGAAGGUGGUGGCAGACAUGAUGGACAAAUACCCUAUCCAGUUGGAGGACGCUUACCUCAGUUCACGGACCAUUCAGUGCAGCUGGGAGGCGAUGCGAACCGGUACCUACAUGCACCCGUUUGUAAUUCCUGCUGAUCUCACGCGAUCUAUGGAGGCUGCCAUCAAGGACGCAAAGAAUGAACAACGUGGACCAGGCCCUCUUGCGGACAAGAUCAAGAAGCAAGGAAUCGGGUUGGACAUCGUCGCGUCCAUUGACCCUAAACUGUGGAAGUUUAGCGGGAAAUACGUUGGCGCGCUGACAGCUUUCUACGCCGUCAAGAGCAACAUACGGUCAUGGUUUGACGACAGGAAAUGGCUGGAACGAGAUUGGCGCAAGGUUGUCUCUAAUGUGGAUCUUUUUGGAGCGGAGACUGGAAUGACUGGCCUAUCUUCUGAUGCGGUUUGCAACCGACAUUGGGCCAUGGCAAAUGAGGUCAUUUCAAAAUUUACAAUUAGCCGACUGAGUUCUGAAUUCGCGCCAAAGUCAGGCAAGGGCAUCAUCGCUUUCGACAACAUUGUGGGUGGAUUGUGCAGAGGUUGGUUGAACGACAGCCCCGUUGAUUUCUGUAUGGAAUCCCUAUCAGAAGUGGUUGAGCAGUGCUACGUGCUGUCAUCUUUGACAUCGGCCGUCGGAUGGCCAAGGUUGCCAACCAGCCCAAUUAUUGCUACGAGGUUCAUUCUCCACCCCUUUAACCUGAAGCAAAAUCACUGGGGAGUCAUUAUAGCCCGACUUCGCUACAACGCAGCCGCAGACAGGUUAAAGGUGCAUGUUUAUCUUUAUGAGCCGCUUAUUGAUGACGAAUAUCACGAAGACAUGGAGGCAGAAUGGAACGGCAUUACCGACAAUGAGAAUAAGCUUGUGAAAGAAGGGCUCAGAGGUUUUGUGGAGCGAUGGUGCCAAGCUUCAGCACCCAACACGAAGCUGGAAGUGGAUCCUAUUAAGUGGGUUGAGAAGCCCCAGCAACCAGACUACGCGAGCUGCGGGGCCUUUGUGGUGGGUCAAGCCUAUAGCUACGUAACCGAGAAUCUACUAUGGCAGCACACCAAAGUCUCAAAAGAUGACGUGCAGGUCAUGCGACUGCGAAUGCUGUGGAUGAUUAUGUGCAAUUCACGAGAGCGCCGCAGAUCUCGUGCCACUACUGAGAAAGCGAAGGCUAUUGGCGACAAGCUACUUGAUGAAUUAAAGUAG